AUGAGCAAUUCAACUCCACAUGAAGACGAUGGGAAUGGUGAGGAGAAAUUGAAAGCGGGCAAAACACCAUGCACGCCUUCACGUGUCCUUCACCUUCGUCAAAUUCCAAGUGAUGUUACUGAAGCAGAAAUCAUUGCAUUAGGCCUCCCUUUUGGGAAAGUAACCAACCUCUUGAUGCUCAAAGAUAAAAAUCAGGCACUUUUGGAAAUGGCUUCCACAGAAGCUGCUGUUGCUGUGGUGAACUACUAUGCUCCUGUGUUUCACCUCCACAGUCAGCCUGUUUAUAUACAGUAUUCCAAUUACAAAGAACUUGAAACUGACAAGUGCCCUGAUCAGGCUAGAGUCCAAGCUGCACUGCAUGCUGUGAAUGCUAUGCAGUGUGGAAGCCUGCCUACAGCAAGUGCUUCUUGUGAAGGUGCAGCCCUUCCAGGUCACAGUUCUGUGCUUCGAGUCGCUUUUGAAAAUGUUCUCUGCAGUGUUGACUUAGAAAUGCUGCAUCAGAUUUUUGCUAGAUUUGGAUCUGUCUUAAAGAUUGUCACCUUCACUAAGAAAAAUCGGUUGCAAGCUUUAAUCCAGUAUGCUCAUCCCAUGUAUGCACAGGAAGCCAAAAGGGCUCUGAAUGGCCAAAAUAUCUAUGCUGCGUGCUGCAGUCUGCGCAUUGAUUUCUCCCACUUAAGGAGUCUUCAGGUAAAGUACAACGGUCACAAAAGCAGAGAUUUCACUCGCACCAACUCUCCUUAUGGGGAUGGCCGGAUACCCCUGCAGCCACCCACAGGUCCUUUCUCUGAUACUUCGGUUCCACCUGUGCAUCGUUCUCCCACAUCUGCAGCAUCUGGACAUAUGACUGUUCCUUCUGCUACUGAUGUUCUACCACAUUGUGUUGUACUAGUGAACAACCUCAACACUGAAUUCGUCACACCACAGAAACUUUUCAUCCUGUUUGGUGUGUAUGGUAAUGUGCAGCGUGUGAAGAUCAUGUUUAGGAAAAGAGAAAAUGCUUUGAUUCAGAUGGCAGAUACAAUGCAAGCUAAAUUAGCUAUCAGCCACUUGGAUGGACAGAUGCUUUACGGAAGGGUGCUCCAUGUUACUCUUUCGAAGUGUCAGACAGUUUAUCUUUGUGAGGGACAAGACGACUGUGGUCUGACUCAGGACUAUAGGAAUAGCCUUUUACAUCGUUUUAAGAAGGCUAACUCAAAGAACGUCCAAAAUAUCUAUCCUCCAUCUGCCACCCUGCACAUCUCCAACAUCCCGCUUUCUGCUACUGCUGAUUGUGUGAAGACCAUUUUUGCAAAUAAGGGAUUUACUGUGAAGGCCUUCAAAUUCUUUGAGAAAGAUGGCAGAAUGGCUCUAAUCCAGCUGGGCUCUGUGGAGGAAGCAGUUCACGCUCUCAUCGAGAUUCACCACUAUGACUUUGGAUCCAAACACCACCUCCGAGUUUCCUUCUCAAAAUAUAAAAUCUGA